AUGUGUGUUUAAGCGAUACUUAUCGAUAUAAGGAUCCGAUCCUAUUUCUCGAUCAUUCAGGCUUAACUUGACAUAAACAUCAGAGACAAUAGACAAAAAUGGGAGUGGAGAAAAUAUUUAUCCUGAGUUAUCUUUGAUUUCAUUCAGAGCGUGAAAAAAGCAAAUUGUCCAAUUGUUUUUAUGAAAUAACCUGAAUAGGACUCAAUAUGCCUGGUUUUGAAACUUGUGGGCCAAAUGAGGCUCUUGUUGUCUCUGGAUGCUGCCAUUCUAGGCCUCAUAUGGUGGCUGGUGGUCGUGUUUUUGUUUGGCCUGUCAUUCAAAGAGUUCAAAAAAUCUCAUUAAAUACUAUGACAUUAACGAUUGAAAGCCCUCGUGUUUAUACCCAGCAAGGUGUACCAAUUUCUGUAACUGGUGUAGCACAAGUUAAAAUCCAAGGGCAGAACUCUGAUAUGUUAAGAGCUGCAUGCGAACAAUUUAUGGGAAAAUCUGAACAAGACAUCAUGCAUGUCGCUCGUGAAACUCUAGAGGGACAUCAAAGAGCAAUCAUGGCUUCUCUAACUGUCGAAGAAAUUUACAAAAAUCGUAAAAGGUUUUCCAAAAAAGUGUUCGAAGUGGCUUCCUCUGAUCUGGUAGAUAUGGGAUUUACCGUUGUCUCAUAUACCAUCAAAGAUAUUAGUGAUGAUGAAGGAUAUCUUAAAGCUUUAGGAAUGGCGCGAACAGCUGAAGUUAAACGUGAUGCUCGAAUUGGUGAGGCUGAAGCUCAGCGAGAUGCAUUAAUAAAGGAGGCAUUAGCUGAAGAGGAUAAAAUGGCGGCUAAAUAUUUGAAUGACGCUGAAAUUGCCAAAGCCCAGAAAGAUUUUGAAAUGAAAAAAGCUGCUUAUGAUUAUGAAGUUUUUACGAAGAAAGCUGAAUCAGAUUUAGCUUUUGACAUUCAAACAGCCAAAACGAAAAAACAAAUCAAAGAUAGUCAAAUGGAAAUUUUAGUUGUCGAAAGAACCUCGGAAAUUGAAGUUCAAGAACAGGAAAUCAAACGACGAGAGAAGGAAUUAGAAGCCACUGUAAAGAAACCUGCAGAAGCUGAAAAAUAUAAAAUUGAAAAGUUGGCUGAAGCAUACAAAAAUAAGUUAAUUAUUGAAGCAGAAGCUGAAGCAGAAGCAAUUAAAUUGAGAGGAGAAGCCGAAUCAUAUGCAAUUGAAGCCAAAGCCAAGGCCGAAGCGGAACAAAUGGCCAAGAAAGCAAAUGCUUAUAAAGAAUAUGACAAUGCUGCUAAGGUUGAUAUGAUUCUGGAAACUAUGCCUAAGUUGGCUGCUGAAAUUGCUGCUCCAUUGGCUCAAUGUAAUAAAGUGGUUAUGGUUUCGCAAGGAGAUGGGCCAAUUGGUGCGACCAAGCUGACUGGAGAAAUUCUCGAUAUUAUUAAUAAAGUGAGGUCAUCCAUCGACACUAUUGCUGGCAUUCCACCACCUGUAGCAGUCGCACCUGUAGCUGCCGCUCGUUAAUUGCCCUACAAUUUCAACGCAUUUAUGACAUUUACAUUUUUACUUGCAUCUAAAGCUAAUUUUAUAAAUUUUACAAUCAUCUAAAUUCUCCUAGUCAUAUUGAUUUUCUUCCUACCAUAUGCUUAUUAACUUUAUAACAAGUUUAUCAAUAUUAUUUACUGAAAACCAAGUCUGGAAUUUUCACUUUAUUUACUUUAAUAUUUCAUUGCUUACUAAAUUACUUCCUUGACACACUGUUCAAUCCAGUACGAAAAUAAAUGUCUUUGCAUUCCCA